AUGUUGAAGGGAAGAAGUAAGAAGUUUGCGCCCAAGAAGCCGGUGCGCUCUACAGCUACCGCGUCAUCACGCCCGAGUGUCCCUCAAAUUCCAGAAGCGUCUCAGUCAUCUCAACAGGAUCUCCACUCGGUACCAGUUUCGCAGAAUGUCGACGUACCUGCUGCGCCAGUCGUCGAGGCUUCGUUACCCCAGCCGAGUCAGGAGGCCCCGGAGGCGGUUGCUGCAGUAACUCAGGACGGACAUGCAGUUCGGUCAGGAUUGAAGAGAAAAGAGAGAGAGGCAGACGUUGCGCCGCCGCCAGCAAAGCGAAUUCCCAUACCGGCAGAGGAGCCCGUCGCGCCUGUAUUACAAGUGCGGAGUCAGGUUGAGUCACCAGAUCACGAGAACGAAGUACCUUCUUCUCCCAAAUCUACAAUUGCAGUCGAGCCGUCCGUCGAGCAACCUCAAAACCCGGUCCCUCGCGCAAAGAUUAUUCCCCCCAAGAAAAAGACAAUCGCAAGCCUUUCCGAACCACCCACGAACCGGAUACCUGCAGAACGCCAGGAUGGGCCGAGUACCCAGAUGGGAGUCCCUAGCUUGUUUACAUCUCCAGAACACACACCAAUUCCGCCCCUUCUUCCGACUACGGUUAUCAGCUCGAUACCUGCUACUCCAGAAAUUUCGCUCGCGUCUACAUCUGUUGCGCCUGAUACAGGCCCAGUAGUCGAGCUCGCGAGAAUAGUAUCCCCAGACAACUCUCCAGCUCCACCCGAGCACCGAUAUCCAACGCCAGAAAAUAUCGCACGGCUUCCCGAGGAAACUCAGAAUGGUCCGUCGAAUAUGGGUCGUGCUGGCGGUGACGUAGCCGCAAAUGGACCCGCUAGAGACAAUGCGGCUGCAUUAAGACCCGGAGAAGUCGGUCAGAAUUCCGAGAUCGUGCCAACCAGAUUCUUGAACCCGGAUGGUACAUCUGGUGGUGAGGUGGCUGAACAACCUGCUUCUGUGGUGGGAGGAGAAGCAACCCCGAAGCCAAAGAAAAAAGCUACCAAGCGGAAGAAGGUUCAACCACAAGAGGACGGGGCCGACGCUAGAACAACCGUCGACAUCCAACUGAACAAACCUCGACGUGUAGCUGGACCCAAGAAGCCUCGUAGGAAGAAGAACGAUGCAGCAGCAACUAGGGGAAGGAAGCGACGUGCCGCCACCCCUGAUGGCGCUUCUGAUGAAGAGAUUGAUCAGUCAACUUUGACCAUGAUGGAUCUCUGUAAAGAUCUACGCAUAGGUAAGAAGUUCAGCAAGCACGAGGAGAUAAAGGCCCGGAUCAGGGAGAAAUAUGAUCAAAGCACGAGAGAAAAGAUGAAGAGAAAAAAUCCCGAGGUCACUGCGCUCGUAGAUGCCGCACCAAGACAAGGAGCAGCCGAAGGAGAAGCAGGACCCUCUGAGCCAGCGGAGCCGGCUGCCCCAGCCGCGGAAGCAGAAGAAGCAGAAGAAGCCCCAAUUGUACCAGGAUCCGGAAUUCAGAUGCGACUUGUCAACAACCAGCUAGUUGUAGAUGAUACCUCUACGCAAAUUGAUCGCCAAGCCCGUGGCCAAGUCGACGAAGGGAUAAUGCAGCACGUCUUGGAAGAUGAUUUCACUCGGGUCGUCACCUCCGGCACCUACAUGAAGCGCGAGAAGGCGCAGCUCUGGGACCACGCCGCCACGGCCCGUUUCUACGAGGGCCUCGCCCAGUUCGGCACCGACUUUGAGAUGAUCGCCAAGCUGUUCCCGCACCGCAGCCGUCGCCAGGUCAAGCUCAAGUUCAACAAGGAAGAGCGCAUCAACAGCGACAAGAUCACCCAGACUCUGAUCGGCCCCAAGAAGAAACACAUCGACCUGAAGCAUUUCGAGAAGAUGUCUGAUCUGAAGCUGGAGGAGACGGCAGAUAUCGUGCGCGAGAACGAGGAAUUCGAGCAGAUGCAGCUGCUGAAGGAGAAGGAGGAGAAUGAGCGCGAGGCGGAGAUUACGAGGCAGAAGAAGGCCGCCAUUCAUGGGGAGGCUUCGGGGACGGCGGCGCAGGCAAAGGCCAUUCUGGGUGAUGUGAGUGAUGCGGAAGAUGAGCUGGCAAGGGAUAAUCGGGGGAAGGGACCGCCAAAGGGAGCGUUGAAGAGUGGUGGGAAGAAGAACAAGCAUAGUGCGUAUGGGGGUGGAGAGGAGGUGACGAUAUUAGGGACGAUUGAGCGUUAA